AUGUCGCAAGUCACCGAGCCCCUACUACAGCGCCCGCUAUACGGCAAGCAUCACAACAUCAGGCUCUUCUGCAGCAUGCUAACGCCAGCACANGUGUUUGACCUCCCACAAGGACUUCUCUCCACACUUGAACUUAAGGCUCAAAACAAUGCCGCUAUCGCAAUACCCGACGAGUCCGAACUGCUAGCCGACAGCAACAGUAAGAGAAGCGAGAAUGAAGAUGGCGUGCCGUCGUCAGCAACGUCGUGCGGCCUGUGUGGAUUGUCGUUUCCGAGUGUGCAAGAGCAGAGGAGUCAUGUGCGUAGCGAUCUGCACGGUUACAAUAUGAAGCAAAAGAUGCGCGGCCUGAAACCUGUAGGAGAGAACGACUUUGAGAAGCUGGUGGGAGACCUGGACGAAAGCAUCUCGGGCAGCGACAGCGACGACUCGGCCAGCAGCGAUGACGAUAGCAAGAAAGACACGACGCUGAGUGCUUUGCUCAAGAAGCAGGCCAAUAUUGCCGACCCAGACUUUGACGACUUUACGACGACCAAGACCAAGGUGGGCGCAGGCAAGCCACCGCUGUUGUGGUUCUCAUCAUCCAAGCUGCCUUCGAAUGUCGCCCUUGGUGUCUACAGAACUCUUCUGCCUACUGCCGUACAGGUUGGAGAUGCUGCUACCAUUGUACAGACCAUUAAGGACAAGCAGCUCUCNCCCAAGCCUCCACCAUCACAACCUACCUCGGCUCCUACUGAAGACUCUGGAGGCGUCCCUCUGCCUCGAUCCCUCCAACCCGACACGUCUGCUACAGGUCCUCAUUACUUCCUCUGCAUGAUCGGCGGCGGCCACUUUGCUGCAAUGGUCGUGUCUCUGACGCCCAAGAUGACCAGAAAGGCCGGUGUUGAGGAUCGUGCUGCCACUGUCCUCGCACACAAGACAUUCCAUCGCUACACAACCCGUCGCAAGCAGGGUGGUUCUCAAUCUGCAAACGAUAGUGCAAAGGGCGCUGCUCACUCUGCUGGUGCUGGCAUCCGUCGUUACAACGAGGCAGCUCUAAUCGCAGAGGUCCGCCAACUGCUGCAGGACUGGAAGGUGUGGAUUGAUAGCAGCGAACUCGUCUUCGUCCGCGCCACCGGCACCACCAACCGUCGCACUCUGUUUGGUCCUUACGAGAACCAGGUCCUGACCUCCAGAGACCAGAGAAUCAGAGGCUUCCCUUUCGCCACUCGUCGUGCAACCCAAGCCGAGCUGAUGCGAUCUUUCGUCGAACUCACUCGCGUAAAGGUAUCUACCAUCGACGAAGCUGCCAUUGCGAGGAAGGCUCAAGAGGAGGAAGCUGCACGUCAAGCUGCUGAAGCAAAAGCUGCCGCCAAACCUGCCAUACCAAAGCCCGUCAAGCCUAGCAAGGAGGAAGAGGAAGCCAUUCUCCACACCACCCAGCUACAAGCUCUCAUUCGUCGUUCCAAGGCACCCGCACUCGUCUCUUACAUCACAUCCAACAACCUUUCGCCAAACUUCACCUUCUUCCCCUCAGACAAUCCGCAAAACCAUCACGCGCCCACGCCCUUGCAUCUCGCCGCUUCUCUCAAUGCUCCUGCUCUUAUAUCAUCCUUGCUACUGAAAGCAAAGGCCGAUCCCACUGUCAAGUCUGCAGAAGGCAAGACAGCUUUCGAAAUCGCAGGCGACCGUGCCACCCGCGACUCCUUCCGUCUGGCUCGUUCCGAGCUAGGAGAGAGUGCAUAUGACUGGGACUCAGCAGGUGUACCAGCCGCUCUAUCAAAAACCGACUACGACACCCGCGUACAACGCGAGAAGGACGAAAAGGCGGCAGAAGAUGCAGCAGAACAACAACGACGAAAGACCGAGACCGAGCGAUUGCGGAACGAAGACAAGAUCAGAGAAGAGCAGGGCAAAGAGAAGAAGUAUGGCAAAGGGAAGACGUUGGCGCAGAUGCUGCCCGAGAAGACUGCACAGGAAAAGAGAGAAGAAGAGGCUAGGGGCAUGACCCCUGAGAUGCGUAUGAAGCUUGAACGAGAAAGAAGAGCAAGAGCUGCAGAGGCACGCUUCAAGGCCAUGAGUGGAGGUAUAUAG